AUGGAACCCGAAACCACCUACGUGCGCCCUCACUCUGAAGCGGACUGGGACAAAUGGCGUCCUCUCUUCACCCGCUUAUACAUUGAGGAGAACCGUACUCUGCCUCAGGUCAUGGAGAUCAUGAGGGAUGAACACCGGGUUUGGGCAAGUCAGAAAAUGUACAAGAACAAAAUCAAGGCCUGGAAUUUGCGCAAGUACCUCAAGGAAGACGAGGCUCAACAAAUACUGGAGGGCGAGAUCCCCGAAACGGGCGCCAUUGCCACGGCGGGUGACCCCGAGGAGGUGAAGAAACGAGCGGCACGGUCAAUACAACGAAAGCGAGCCCGUCAACGGGCUCGGAUUCAGAUCCCGUCUCCGGACCAGCCUUCGCCGAUGGCGUUAGCAUUAUCCCCUUCUCCGUUGACACCGACGACACCAUCUUCACCGAUGGAACCGUCCGGCGCGUUGGUGCCCUCGAUGACUCUCGGGGAAGCUGUCACGACGCCGCAGCUCGACCACUUUCGAGUUACGGGAGUCACGAUCACCGAACAGUUCCUCAGAAAUCUGCGCCGAUGGACCCAUGACGCCUACGUUUUCGGCCACUGGGAUAUGCAACAAUCUGCGAAACAUCACAGCGGACGGCGCGCAUCUCGUUUACUCUCUUCAUCUCUCACGGCCGGCAUCAAUCUCUUCGAAAAUAAAAAGGAGGAGCUUGCCUGGACCCACUGGAACCGCGCUUUUGCCAGCUUCCAAAGUUCGGAUCUUUUCAAGACGUGGUACCAUGAGAUCCCCAUGUCCCUCCUGUUCGAAGUGGGUCGGGUGGCACACAGCGGCCAUGACCAGCUCGCCGCGUUGUUGCUCAAGUCCAUCCGAAACUGGGCCCAUACCUUUUUGGAUGAGAAUGAUUCUCGGCACGCCCUUCUCAGCUCCUUCGGCGAGCUGCAGGUCGCCCAGCUUCGAGACCUGUAUCAUCGUGCAGCACGCUGCCUGUACGACGGUCUAGAGUCUCGAGUAGACAAGCACAGCCAGCUGCUUUACGAAGUGCGACUCAAUCGGGCUCUGGAUAUGCUGUGGUACGACCCUCAAACCGACUUGACGAACUGGCUACCUCCAAUCGAAGAGGUCGACCAGGCCUGUGGACCAAACAAUUCCUACGCGGUCUAUUUCCUUUUACUGGAAGCGUACAGACUGGUCGCCAAGGAGUUGUACACGGAUGCCGAUCAAGUCUGCUCGCAAGUCCGCAACCGAUUGACAGCGAUGCAAGGAGUCCAAGGAAGCAUCGACCCCUGGCGCGUCGGAUUGGCGUACCGGCGACUUGGUCGACAGCAACACUCGAAAGGCCGCUUCACAGAUGCACGUCGGAGCUUCAACACGGCGCUCAAAUAUGUCAGCGGUGACUCCCAACUAUCAAUGUCGGUGUUGAUAGAAAUCUGUCAGCGUCAGGAGAGCAUGGCCAAUGCCGUGCAUGACCAAGAAGAUGUCUUCUUCUGGAGUCAAAUGCUCUCGCGGUUGGAACAACAAGCCAAGGAUCAAGGGGAGGCCGACAUAUUAAAACGGCCUCAAACCUUCUCCGAUGGCACUGCCGAUGGCGCUGGUGCUGGCGCGCUCAUCGUCAGCAAGAAAAGACGACUUUCGCCUGGGCCCACUCGUCGAUCGACGUUUUAA